ACCUAGGAAACCCGGAGAUGUUUAUAGCAGUCGCAUUCUCUCCUGAACAACCUUCUGGGAAGAACAAGACCAGUAAAUGCCUUUUUCAGAAUUAGAGUAGAACAGACCAGAACUGGGUUCUAUUCCCUUGGGUUGUAGGGAUAACCCCAGCAUUCACUUCCCAGAUACAAAAAUCCUCAUUCAUUCCUAACUGGCAUAGGACCCAGUCCCUACCUGGGAGGUAGGGACAUUUCUGCUGUUCCUGCCCUAGUGUUGCCUUGAAGAGGGAGCUGGCCCUUCACUAGAGCCUAUUGCCAGGUAUAGGGGUACUAGCCACUGAGCAGUGGGUCAGACCUCCUCCUGAAGUUUUCUGUUUGCUGUCUGUGUAAGCCAUAGACAAGUGGACCAGCCAUCUGCCAAGAGCAGCUGGGCAGGGAGGAGGCUCCAGGGUCCUGCUUGGCCAACCCUUUCUUCUAGGCCCUCAAGAUCCCAGCCUAGGACUGGGGAGCAAAUGCAACCGAAGUCAAGGCUCAUCCUUUCUCAUGAACGCAAAUUCCUUUUAAGGCAAAGUGUCCCGCCUCUCCCAACCAUAUAAGGGCAGCAUCAGUAUAAGGGCUUCUGCAAAACAAGCUCCACCCAGAGCUUGGCUGGCUUAGACUGGGCCUCCUGGGCCUCUCGCCAAAGAAAUGCACCUGCCAGACUGGCUUAGGCCAGUCUGAGUGAGCUGGCCCUUUGGUGCCUGCCUUUCUGCGGUGGAGCAAAGGUUUACUCAGCUCUACAAAGCCUACAGGCUGGCUUACGUAUAGAGAGAAGAACAUGUAUGGAAGGAAGCUUUUGCAGCUUCCAAAUUCUCAUCCUCUAGGAGCAGGCAGGGUGAUUCCCUCUGACCAACACUGAUCUUGGAGAGAUGGAAGGAGAAAGAUUAGUGACGUCUGUUGAGCUGCAACCGCAUACGCUAAAUACAGCUGUUCAGUUAAAGCAGCCCCAUGUCGCUCCCAAGCCCUACCUUUGUGUAAAUCUGUGCGAGCUGGGCUAAGACAAGUCUCAAACCCCUUGGCCCCGCCCACCUCGCUUAUCGCGCGUUCUCGGCGAAACCACGAGCUGGGGGCGUGGCCUACAUUCAGCCCCGCCCCCGACAAGCCUAUACAAGGAGGCGGUUCCGCGCGCGCCCGCCUAGUUGGAGCGGGACCGCUCGGUCGAGAGGUUGUGUGUGUGCUGCGACCCCGCGGGAAGAUGAACGGGACGCAGAACUGGUGUACCCUGGUGGACUUGCACCCAGAGGACCAGGCCGCGUAUUCCAUACUGCUCUAAACCGAAGAGCCGGGGUUUCUCAAAGGGAAUUGGGAAAAUCCCUGAACAUGUCACCUGGAACUCACGCAACACAUAUUUUUUGAGAACCUGUUCUCGGCCAGGUAUUGUGCUAAAUCAGCUCUCCAUGUCUUCAAGGAGCUUAUGAUUUUACUGGAGGAGAGGAAUGAAUAGUUGCAAAAGAAUGGGCUCCGUGAUAGAGUGCAGGAUAUGCAGGGUGCAGUAGGUGCUCUGACUGAGGGAGAAGUGCUGGGAUAGGACCCUCAGAGAGGAGAUGCCUUGAAGGCUGAGCAGGAAUUCUCCAAGGAGGCAACGUGGAAGGUGGGAGAGGAUACCCUGGUAGGAGAAAGCAACAUACGCACCUCUGGGGAGGUGGGAGCACGUAUUGCACUGGAAGACUCGUCAGCAGAAACAGACUUGGAUUUAGAUGCCUUCCUACGAUUGGAUGGGGAAAGCUGGGGAUAGUUAGAGUGCAGGGUACACUGGGGUGCUGGAGGGAGUCCAAACACUGCGUGGUAUAGACUGAUGGUCCUGAUCAGCAGGGUACACUGGGGUGCUGGAGGGAGUCCAAACACUGCGUGGUAUAGACUGAUGGUCCUGAUCAGCAGGGUACACUGGGGUGCUGGAGGGAGUCCAAACACUGCGUGGUAUAGACUGAUGGUCCUGAUCAGCAGGGUACACUGGGGUGCUGGAGGGAGUCCAAACACUGCGUGGUAUAGACUGAUGGUCCUGAUCAGCAGGGUACACUGGGGUGCUGGAGGGAGUCCAAACACUGCGUGGUAUAGACUGAUGGUCCUGAUCAGCAGGGUACACUGGGGUGCUGGAGGGCGUCCAAACACUGCGUGGUAUAGACUGAUGGUCCUGAUCAGCAGGGUACACUGGGGUGCUGGAGGGAGUCCAAACACUGCGUGGUAUAGACUGAUGGUCCUGAUCAGCAGGGUACACUGGGGUGCUGGAGGGAGUCCAAACACUGCGUGGUAUAGACUGAUGGUCCUGAUCAGCAGGGUACACUGGGGUGCUGGAGGGCGUCCAAAUACUGCGUGGUAUAGACUGAUGGUCCUGAUCAGCAGGGUACACUGGGGUGCUGGAGGGAGUCCAAACACUGCGUGGUAUAGACUGAUGGUCCUGAUCAGCAGGGUACACUGGGGUGCUGGAGGGAGUCCAAACACUGCGUGGUAUAGACUGAUGGUCCUGAUCAGCAGGGUACACUGGGGUGCUGGAGGGAGUCCAAACACUGCGUGGUAUAGACUGAUGGUCCUGAUCAGCAGGGUACACUGGGGUGCUGGAGGGCGUCCAAACACUGCGUGGUAUAGACUGAUGGUCCUGAUCAGCAGGGUACACUGGGGUGCUGGAGGGAGUCCAAACACUGCGUGGUAUAGACUGAUGGUCCUGAUCAGCAGGGUACACUGGGGUGCUGGAGGGAGUCCAAACACUGCGUGGUAUAGACUGAUGGUCCUGAUCAUAAGGGGACUCUCAUACCAUAAUAAGGAGUUUGAGAUUUUUUGUUUUUACAAACAUUUAAUAGUAACAUAUAUACAAAAAAGUAUAUACAUCACAAAUGUACAGUUAAGUUAUUUUCACAAACUAGACGCAUUCCUGUAAGCAGCACCUAGAUCAAGAAACAAAUCGUUGCAGGCACUACAGAAGCCCCCUCGUGUCCUACCUCCUACCUCCACCCUCAAGGGUAACCACUAUCCUGACUUCCACAGUGUGUAUUUUAUUAGUUUUGACUAUUUUUGUGCUUUUUAUGUAAGUGGAAUCAUAUAGCGUACUUUUGGGUCUGGAUUCCUUUGCUUAGCAUUUUUGUGGCAUUCACUGAUGUUGCAUGUACGGUACUUCAUUCUUUUUCAUUGUUGAACAAAGUUUCAUUGUAUGAAUAUAUUGCAAUUUAUUCUACUCUUGAUGAACAUGUGGGUAAUUUCUAGUUUGAGGCUAUUAUGAAAAAUGCUACUGUGAACUUUCUAGAAUACGUGCUUUUAUGGGAAACAUAUGUAUGUGCCAGGGCAAAGGGAUAGCCUCCCCUUCACCCUUGGAAGUUUUGCUGAAAAUCACUGACAAAAGACAUUAAUAGGAAAAAAGGCAUAAACAUUUAUUUGAUCGUAGUUUUAGGUGACAUAGGAACCUUCAGAUGGAAGACUGGAAUAUAGAGAGGAAAGUGUCCAUUUUUUGAAAAUUUUUAUUAUUUUUAAAAUCUGACCUUACCGAAUCAGAAACUGUCCAUUCUUGAUUUGACAAAGUAGAGACAGCUGUGUAGAAAUAGGACUGGGCAGAAAGGGGAUGGUCCAAUGCUAAGAAACUGACUGGGGAAACCCAGCAAGGCCUGUCUAUCUAGAUUCUUCUUGACCUCUCUUAAGCAUUCCUUCUGGGUAUGAGGCCAGAGGAGCCUGUCUGGAAUGGGGGUCUUAUGACUUAAAAUCAAGCAAAGUGGGUCAGGUAAUUUCUUUAUGGCCAGUUUUUAAUAGAGAGGUGGAAAAUUAGAGUAAUAUUUUUAGAUUUUAUGGCUGGCUUUGGGGGAAAGGAGUUCUGGUUUCUGUGACCUGCCUGGAGAAGAGGGAUUCUAGUUUCUGUGGGUAGCCUUAGGAUGUGGAGGGAAGGAAUGAAAGGCCAGAGAUGAGGGCAGGAGAAAGUCAGAGAAAACCUCUUUCUUCUGAGGCCUUUAUUUUGGGGGAGACCGUACAUUUGCAUUUCUGUUGAGUAAUUAGUGGUAGAAUUGCUGUGCCUUAGGCCACUUUUGUGUUCGUCUUUGGUCGUGCUUCUGAAUUUUCCAGCGAUUGUGAUGCUGUGGAAUCCCAGCAUCAGCAUCUCAGAGUGUUGGCUGUUCCACAUCUUCCAAACAUUUGGUAUUUUUUUUUAUCCAUUUCAUGUUAGUUGUUCUGAUAGACAUUUCGUGGUAUUACUUUGUGGUUUUAGUUUCCAGUUCUCUGAUAAUGCCUGAUGAAAUUGACCCCCUUCUCAUAUGUUUAUUGAAAAUUUGGGUAUCCUCAUAAUGACGUGACUGUGGGCGUCUUCUACCUGUUUUUAUAUUGGGCUGCAUGCCUAACUGUCGGUU